UGGGCGUGGCCUCGUUCGAUCGACGUUCUCCGGCGGUUGAUUGAGGCUGCCUGUGUGGGUAAAAUGGCGGUGGGUCUUAUUGAGAGCUGAACAAAUCGAGCAGAAUGAGAGUAGGGGGAAUGCAUGGAUACAGGGAAUUAAAUAAUAUGGCUUUUUGGACUGGGAUAUAACAUAAACAGGGCGGUUAUCAAUGUAUGGAGGUGUAAAUAGGUGUAUUUCAUGUGAUGCAGUGUUUUUAUGCCCCAUUCCCAUUCUGUUACAUUGUAUUUCUAUGGGAAAAGUGCUUUAUUUUAUUAUAUGUUUAUCCUGUUACCCUCUAAAAAUAAGGCAUGGGUCCUGCAGGGUGCUAUUAUUAUUAUUUAUUAUUAUUAAUAAUAUUUUAUUUUUAAAUUCCUGUGUAUUUACUGAAAUGUUUCCUAGUAAAAUGUGGUUAAACGGUCAGCGUUAAAGAGCGACACAUUUUGUACACCGCCAUUUAGCGCCCCGCGAGAUCAUCUUUAAAUUCGCAAUCGUCCGUAAUGCAUUUUUAUGAAAUUUUUAAUCAUGUGUAUAGUCAGCGGUCCCUCUAAGAACUUUUUUUUGGGGGGGUGGGGAGCGGACCAUCGUCGAAUACGUUAAGAAAGGCAUUUCGUUUUUUUUCGCCACACAGUUGAGUUGGGACGAAAAGCAAGAUAUUUGAUACGGCCUGCGACCAGAAAGUACUGUGUUCGUUAUACAGUGUGCUUGUUGGGCUGGGACGUUUCAACCCCCCCACCCCCUUCCAGAAAAAUGCUUAGAGGGAAUGCUCUCACUAGCCAAAACUUGUGUUUUUCUUAAUUUGUUAGCGUUUUUUAUUGCAGGAUAACAUUUUAUAAGUUCACGUAAUAUAUCUAUUACAUGAUAUUCACAAAUGUUUGUGCCGUAUAAUGUUCUCAGUGUACCUUAUUUAUUUAUUUUUAAGGUAAGGUAAGAAGUCGCCCAAUUGAAAAUUUUGUGUUGGCAUUUCCUGGAUGACAGUGACUGCCAAUGAAAAUGGAAGACAUGUCUCUGUCUGGCCUGGAUAACAGUAAACUGGAGGUAAGAACGCGUUGGGGUGGGUAAUAUCCAGAUUGUUAAGGUUCCUUAAAGUCUGGAUUUUCACACAUUAUUUCCAAAUGGCAAAGCUGAUGUAAACGUUGUCAAUCUGUGACUCAAGCUGAGUUGAAGAAUGCUCCAUAUUCGUUUGUUUUUUUUUUACCUCUGUUGUGCCGUUUGGAAUUAAUUUGUAAAAAAAAAAAAAAAAAUUUGGAGUUUAACAAAUAACGAGUAAACAGGUAAUCACAAGGUCCCAAAUAUUACACACUGAAGCAGAUUACACACUGAAGCAGUGAAUCUUCAUAAAAACUCUUAUAGCAGACUGUAGGAUGUAGAAUUCAUAUCAUGCAGGAGUUACACUAAUUUGUUCUAUUUCGUUGGGAUUCCUCUUUGAUUUAGCAAUAGAUUUCCUAUCUGCAGCAUAUCAAUGCUAUAUACUACAAUGCAGAAUAUUGUAUUUGCAGCUAAUCCUCAUAUAGUAAAAUAUGUACAGGAAAACAUAGGGGAUCAAACAGUGAUGAAGUUAGAACUUUUGACUUACCAGUUACAUUGUUUUCUGACACCAUUAUUACCUUUGUACCGGUAUGGUAGAUGCUCAGACUUUGUGUUUAAGAGAUCUCACUCUAUCAUUCAUAUCGGCCAACUUUGGAUAUAAGGAUAUAGUUUUUGGAGAGGGAAUAUUGGUCAAUUGCUGAUGGAUGCAUUGACAACCAGAUCUGAACAUAGUUGAGUAAAAUGGGUAUGUGCCUAACAUUUUAAAGCACUCUCACAUGCGUGGUGCUCUGUGCAAGUUAAUAUUCAUUCCUGCCUUCUGAACUACUACUUGUGUAACUCCUAAUGAGAAAUCUAAUUGCCUUUCAUAUCCCCUGCCUAGGCCAUCGCUCAUGAAAUUUACAAUGAUCUGCUGGAAGAUACAUGUUUGGGCUUGAGCUUUGAGGUCCAUCGUGCAGUUAAAUGCGGUUAUUUUAUGCUUGACGAAACCGAUUCUGAAAGUAUGAAGGAUUUUGGUAAGUAUCUAUCGUAAACAAAGCAAGAUGCCAGCAGUAAGGAGUUAGAACAUUAGUAAGUGUUUUUACAAAAUAGACUUAGAACGGCAAACACAAAGGAAAUAUUUUUUCUUUUUAUGACCUAUUUAAAUUAAAGUGAACCGUCCAUCCACAAAUUGUGGACAGUAUACAAAUAUAUGCCACAUUUAUAUAUAAAUAUGUAUAAUCUAUACACUGUGCUGGAGCAAGUGUUCAGAUUUAAAAGUUUACCUACCUCAAGAUCUCAUCCUGGAGAUUUCUGUACAUACAUAGUGGCUGAUAUCUGUGUAGAUCCUCCACAAAAUAUGGGAUGAUGCUGGGGAUGGGAGCUCUAACCAAAAACAUUCAGUGUCCCCUUUACUGAGACUAAAGUCGUGUACAUUCAAAACUGGGCACAAUUACUGAUGGAACUGUGCUAAGGGAGCAUUUUGAUAAUUCUUUGUGUACUGGGUAUAAAGUAUUUUUUAAAGGAACUACCGCCAACUGUAGUGAUUAUGGUGCCAGGAGUGUCCUAGCGUCCUCCAACUGUAAUUUGUGAAAUCGAUUUUAGAACAGUUUGACGACUUACGUGGGUCACACUGGUCUCCCACAGCUACAUAGCCUGCUGGGGGAUUCCUCUUGCAGGAGAAUGUAGUUGGCUCCACUAACCUAAGCAGGGCCAAACAGGACCACACUCAGUGUUUGAGAGCAUCACCUGAGCGCGUUAAAGACAUCCAGCUUCUCCUGCAGGAGAUGAUCGCAAAUUGUGCAGGCACCUGGUGGACUCAGGUAAGUUGUCAAACUGUUUAAAAAUGGUUUGACAAGUUACACUGGGAGGGCUCCAUGGUAGUCCUGGCACCAUAACUACAUCAGGCUGUGUGCAUUCAUGUUUAUAUAGAAGUAUCAUUUUAUUUAUUUUUUUUAGAUAAAAUAAAGGGUGGUUAUACAUGAUUUCAUAAUCCACAUAAGCAACAUGACUUAACGUUUCAAGCAUUUGUAAAUAAGCAGUUUCUCACAAAAACAAGCACCCUAACAGAAUACAACAAAUUUUAAAAUAAAUAUUUUGUUUAACCCCUUAAGGACGCAUGACGUGUGACAUGUCAUGAUUCCCUUUUAUUCCAGAAGUUUCGUCCUUAAGGGGUUAAACGGUAAACCUUUUAGUGUUAACCAUUAUAAUGCAUCAACCUAAAUUUCAGACCUCGUAAAGUUGUCCUAAAGCUGCCCAUGUCCUCUCUAGCUAGCCCUCUACAUCUUUGGGUUUAAUUUCCGUUCUAUGAAACUGCAGAGGCACACCCAAAUAUAUCUCUAAAUUCAGGUUUUGUGAGCUGAACACAUUAUACAGCACUAGAAAUUUGUGGAGCUUUAUAAAUACAUUUGAAAAUAUAAUUUCUUUUUCUCAUUAAUGUACAUUAUACAAAGUUAACCAUGCUCUGCUUGCUGGAGUUUACGUUAACUCUUCCAUAGGUAAUAAUAAAUGUAAAUAGGAAAAAACAUAUAUAAUUUCCAAAGUCACCAUUGAUAUAUAAGCUCAAUCGCAGCUAGACCCAACCAUAGUGUAACUAUAUAAGCAACAUAUGUUUAAUUAUUUUAGCCCUAAAAUGUGCAAUUCUGUUUUCCGUUUAUUCCAAUUCUGCAUUCAGUUAAUAAACUCUUUUGUGUAAGAAGCAUCAUUUUCUUUAAGUUCGACAUAUUAUUUUACUCUUAUUGCUUUUUAAAAAAAUAAAAUUCUUCUCUCUUUAUGUAUUUAUUUUGCUUUGUGUAAUCUGCUUGUCAUUCUCUCAUUUUGUUUGUGUGUUCUUCCUGCAGAAAUAAUUGACCAGCCAGGAGUAGAUAUUUUUGGCCAGGUUUAUAACCAGUGGAAGAGCAAAGAGUGUGUAUGUCCUAACUGCAACCGCAGUAUUGCAGCCUCUCGCUUUGCCCCCCAUCUCGAGAAAUGCUUGGGAAUGGGCAGAAACAGCAGCCGUAUUGCCAAUCGAAGGUAAGUGACGGUGACGGGCAGACGGCGAAGGCACGGCAGUAGUCAUUUUUACAUGUUCCCACUUCUGGACCUAUUCUUAUUCCUCCAAAAACUCUGUGAGGACACGUAAGUGGGAGCUGUCCAGUUUGCUAAUAUAUUGGGGCUCCUCCUACGCUGAUCUCUUUGUAAGCAAGUACAGUUUCUGUUGACAUGCUUUGAUCUCAGGGUCUUCGGUGUUGUAUACCACUUUUUAUUUUGAGACCAAAAUCAUCAUGUAGUGACCCAACCACUUGAAGGGAAUGUUUACUUCCAUCAGUACAUUGCAAACCAUACACCAAUCAGCCACAACAUUCAAACCACCUGCCUAAUAUUGUGUAGGUUCAUCUCUUGCUGCCGAAACAGCUCUAAACAUUUUAACUUUGUCCAACCUCUGUAAGAUUCUCCAUAACAUCCAUGAGUGUAUGGUGUAAAAGAGUUGAAUGAUACCCCAUGAUCUUGAAAUUCCAUAGAGGCUAUUAGUAAAUCUCUGUUAAGAUCCUGCUUGGGUUUUGGCCAUUUUGGGGAAAAAUGUGGCUUUUACUUUUUAUUACCCUAAAAAUACCACUAGUGGGCUAAAUCCUCUUAUAGUUUGUAGCUGAGCAGUGGUUUUAGACACUGAUAUUUUAUAGAUAUAAAUAUAAACUCUCACCAUAAGCUCUUUAUGUGCAGCCCAACCAAAUUCAGCCACUGUUCUUUUAUGUCCAAACGAUCCCUAAUGUUCACACACUCAGACCUUAGUAGUACAUUCCACUUUACACCAAUCUUCUUAGAAAAGGUACAUUUAUUUGCAAAAAAAACAAAAGGAAAAAAAUAUAAAACACGGAAAUACAUGAAAAAAAAUGCAUAGAACAGUCCUCAUAUGCGCCAGUCCAAUAUGAUAUGGUAUUUGAAGGUUGAUAACAACACGCUCUGUGAUCCAAGCCUGUCAUAAUAUGCAGUAAAUCCCACUGGGAAAAACAUGUGUCAAAAGUACAAUAGAAGCUAGGUAAAAAGGAUAAAAGAACAGCACCUGUAAGAUGGGGGAAGAACCACAUAGAAAUGAUCCAAGGAGGGCCCGGGAUGUCCUGAACACGUUUCACACCUGGCAUGGCGCUUUCUCAACACAACGUUGACGCAUAUGAGGACUGUUCUAGGCAAUUAUUUUUGCUUGUAUUUCCAUGUUUUAUCUUUUUUUUUAAACAAAUGCAUCUUUUCUAAAAUAACAAAUACAACACCACAGUGUAAAUAGUGCAGUGACUUAAGUAUAAAAUAUACUUAUCUCAGAAUUUCAAACAAACAGCCUCCCAAGAUCGCAACCCAGAAAACGACCUUAUUACAAUAUGUAUAGAAAAACGGAAGACAUGUGGGAUACGGCUGUACAACAUCUAAAACUAGGAACAUAAAACAAUAUAUAGUGUAACACAGAUUGGAUUGUUUACACCUUAACAGGUACUGCACUUGCACCUAUGGGAUUUGAGGAGCAACGGCAACACUCAUGGAUCCACCAAUGGACAUAGGGAUUAGCCCUAUAAAUAGACUCAUAAAGGGGGCUAUCAGAUUAGAUUUGUUAUAUUUGGUUUUAUUGUUGUAAUAUCACUGCCAUUUGGUCCCUGAGGAAGUUCCCCAUGUUGGAACGAAACGCGUAGGACAUAUAUUCCUCAAUUUUAUAUGUAAAGCUGAUUGUUCACCUUUUUAUAAUAAAGCUGCUGAUACUUUUUUCAACCUACACCUACUGGAGUCUUACUUUACACCUAUUCCGUUGGAGUGGGAGAUAAAGCCACCCAAUAACAUCGGGGGAGGCACCCUUGAGCGUAUUAUACGUCUCAAUCUUGUGAGUGUAUACAAUUGUGGCGCAUUAUUAUCUUCAUUUAACUGUUCCUUGUUUUAGAAUUUGUACAGCCGUAUCCCACGUCUUCCGUUUUUCUAUUUAACUUUUCUAAAAUGAUUGGUGUGCAGUGGAAUGGACUACUAAGGUCCGAGUGUACGGACAUUAUUGAUCGUUUGGGGAUAAGUGUUUCUAUUGGAGUUUUACUAAGUCCAGCACCAAGGAUGUGUGUCAAAUUGUAUCCACAUGAUAUGCAUUUAAUAACUAGCAAAGAUAUUGCAUGAGAUUGUAGCUGCAGCAAUUUGCAUCGUUUGCCUGUUAUUUUAUGUCCAAAUCUUUCACCAGAAUUGCAAGCAGCAACAACAUGAACAAGUCCGAGAGUGACCAGGAAGAUAACGACGAUGUUAAUGAUAACGAUUGGUCUUACGGCUCAGAGAAGAAAGGUUCCUUUAAACCAGCUGCAGGUAAGUAUUCUAAAAUGUGUUUUAAAAAUGAGCUUUGAUUCUGGUUUUGAAUAAUUGUCCAUAGCUGACACUCUCUCUUUAUAUUUUUUUCCCCUCCAUUUUCCUCCCUUGUUACGGUUUCUUGCUUGUUUUACCUUUUUGUCCCUUUCUGGGUUUUUUUUCUUCUAUUUUCUUUCACUACGUGCUCUCAUGUCCGUUCCCCCGCAUGCUUCUAUUCUCUGCUUCUUGGAUUUGAAAUCAUUUUCUCAUCUCUUGUUCUGCAUCCUUUUUAUUCAUCUCAUGUAUUGUUUACGGACUGUUCCAUUACUGUUCUUGCUUCCUGCAUUGCUUGAUCUUUUGCAUGCUCUAUAUUCUUAUUUGUCAUACUCCUACCCUUUAUAGCAAAGAAGAGAAAAUCAGAAAAGGUAAGCACUUUAUAGAUUUGUAAGGAAAGGCUUAUGGCUCUCUGGACCAUACAUUAGCAGUUCCUAAACUGUAGGUCCCAAAAAUGUGUUGGUCUUUUUUCACAGACUGACGCUAGAGAGAAAAACACGUUUCUCACUUCCUCAUCUAAGGCAAGUUUCACAAAAAAAGUCUUGUUGGCAGUCCCACUUUCUCUUACGUUCCUAAACAAGCAGAAAGAUUGCUUAUCCUAGACUGACCCAUAAGUUGGCAUGAUUUUCUACAUAACUAACACAAGCCAGAGUCCAGUGUUGUACUGCAGUCAUUCAUAGUUCACACCAUUUUAUUAGGUUUAUUUGAUCAUGUAUGGAUAUUCAUCUACCACUUUCCCUCCUUUUAAGUAUUUUGAUCCAAGUUUACAUUGACUGUAUUUUUGUACUUGUCCCUCUUUUGCGGAUAUCUCAAGGCAAGUCUUGUAUUGAGGGGAAUGAAAUGGCACUUGUGAAUUGUGUGUGAGCUACAUUUCAAGUCAAUAAGAAGCCAUAAUCUACUUAAUUAUCUAUGAUCAUGCUUCUCCAUUGCAUUUGUUUGUAAAAAGAUGUGCUUAGGAUUCUGGGAACAGUAGAACAAAGAGUACAUUCCGUUCUAGUGUGUCUUUCUUUAAUUUAGAUGAGCCAAAAUGGUGGUGUAAUAGUGCUUUGGGUCUUUUCAAAAAUCACUCCUAUUAGCACUGAAACAAUGUGUCUUAGUUACACAUUUAUUGUAGUUUAAAGACACAUUGCUGGGAGUAUUAUUGCUGUGAAGCUCUGUUAUACACUCAGACACGCCAACAAUAUGGAGCUCAUAGAAAAGAGGGACAUUAAAAUAGAAAAGAGGGAUAGAGGGGUUUGGAUCCACAAUAGGGACUGUCCCUCCUAAAUAGGGACACUUGGGAGGUUUGAUUUUGGCACUUUACAUGUCUGGAUAUCCCUACUAAAUACUCCUGCAUCUAUGUUCUAGGUCAGAAGUGCCCAAAAGGAUUCCCCAUGAUGCUUUUUUUGGCAUCCCUAUUCUAGGUAUAUCCAGCCCAAUAUAUUUGAUUUUUUGGAUUUAAAAUUUCAAGUCAUGUGCUGCUAGCCAGGCCUUAAAAUUUCCAUGGCAUACUUUAUCAACAGAAGGAUAUUGAUAUUUUAGAGAGCGUUCAGAGAAGGGCUACUAAACUGGUUCAUGGAUUGCAGGAUAAAACUUACCAGGAAAAGUUAAAGGAUCAUAACAUGUAUAGCUUGGAGGAAAGACGAGACAGGGGGGAUACGAUAGAAACAUUUAAAUACAUAAAGGGAAUCAACACAAUAAAGGAGGAGACCAUAUUUUGAAAAAGGAAACACUACCACAACAAGAGGACAUAGUCUUAAAUUAGAGGGACAAAGGUUUAAAAAUAAUAUCAGGAAGUAUUACUUUACUGAGAGGGUAGUGGAUGCAUGGAAUAGCCUUCCAGCUGAAGUGGUAGAGGUUAACACAGUAAAGGAGUUUAAGCAUGCAUGGGAUAGGUAUAAGGCUAUCCUAGCUAUAAGAUAAGGCCAGGGACUAAUGAAAGUAUUUAGAAAAUUGGGCAGACAAGAUGGGCCGAAUGGUUCUUAUCUGCCGUCACAUUCUAUGUUUCUAUACUCUUAUUUUGAGCAACAUUUUUCCAAUAUAUUUGAUUUAUUCACAUUAUGCACUGCAAAACAUCACUUGUUCUCUUGAAGCUGCAAGGUGAUCAGACUCACAGGAAGGUUUACUCGCUAAAUUCUCAAGGUUAGCAUCAAGCUUACCGUAACCGAGGUACUAAUAGCAGCUGUUUUAGUUUUCCUGGGCUUCAGACGCUCGCACCUAUUGAAAUUCUGAAAUCAGGGCAGAGGGGUGGGGUGUGGGAUUUGUGUUUUUUGUAUGACAUUUAAUUAUGUGUCCUUUUAAACUUCUAUUUCAGAACCCAAAUUCUCCACGAAGGUCAAAGUCCUUAAAACACAAAAAUGGUGAGUGAUGUUUUCAAGUUACUGGGCUUUUUCUCCAAAAUAAAUAUUUCUUCUAAGGAGACUUUUUUGCAGUUAAUUUACACAAGAAUUUAAUAUUUUUUUUUUAUUAUUAUUCUGCUUCAUGACAAAAGUUUAUGUCGCCUUUUUUUUGUUGUUGUUGUUUUUCUAUUUUACUCGCCCCAUUAACAUCUAUUAAAGCAGUUGUUGUGUGUGAGGUUGGCAAUAGAGGUUCGUUAAAACACACUUGUCUCUGCUGAACGUCAAGAGAAGAAUUCGCCUCAACGGGGGUUUCUGUUAUGGGGGCCCCCUUCAUACUUCGCAUAUAGAUGGUGAAUGGGACCAAGCAAAUUCAUGGUUCCUGGGACCCUUGGUAUGUGCUUCAUGUCACCUUAUGGUUAAUUCUGCUCAAUGGAUGUCUGGGUGAUUGGAAGCUCUACAUCAUCUUCCCAUGAUUCAUUGAGCAUAUGUGCACAUUACUUUUACAUGACAUGCCAAGAUCUGCAAAUGCCUUGUUUUGGUUUUCAUUAUACCUGAAUUAUUAAUUUAUCGCUUCCAAAUGGACUGUUUAAAUACCUGGCCAAAUUUGCCUGGUUGGGGGAUGUCACCCUGCCACCUUCAAAUGAUUUUGCACAGCCUCCCAAAAAAUUAUUAUUCAUCAACAUCACAGAGGGAUAAGGCAGUUGCUGACCAGUUUUUGCAGCUCUUCAAUCUUAAUUGGCGGUUCUAAGCCUUUCGUGCUUCUAAGGUUCUUAAAAUGUGUUUACCAUUAAGUUGGACAAAAGUAAAAUCAAUUAAUUGCCUGUCAAUUUUGAUUAAAUCAAAGCACCUUUAGUUACCUUUCAUAGGGUUUUCUCCCAAGCUAAUGAUUCUAAAUGGAAAUGUUUUCUCUCCCCUAGGAGAUCUCUCUACCAAUUCAGACCCAUCGAAGGUAAGGGGCUCUGUGCUUUUUCCAUAUUCGAUUUUCCCUUCUGUUAUUGCAAAGCUUGACUGCUUAAUUAAUACUGUUAAUAUGAGAACAGAAGUGUUACACAUUAAAAUAAUGUAAGGAAACUUCAUUCGGAAUAACCGAGGAUUGCAGCAAGGGUUGGGCCCAGAUAUCAGCUGUAAAUAUAUACAUUUACGUUCAUUAUAAUUCAUGGAGAUUGUCUGCAUUUGGCCCAGUACCUAAGUCCUUUUAAUUAAUGCAACGUUAUGCUUAAGAGUCACUUACUUGAAUUGUUGAGAAUUUUACAUUUAAAGCAUUAAUAGCAGUACUGGAAAAAUUGCUACUCUGGCCCUAAAUUUGAAAUGUAUUUUGAAUUCGCAACAGUUCUCUUCUUUAGUGAAAAGUAAAAUACAGAUUAAUGAAGAGCGCACACACAAAAAUGCAGUCGUAAAUUUUACAAGCUCCUCAGCUGUGAAAUGCAUGUUUCUGGUUUGUCCCAAAACCCCUCCCCCCAACCCCCCUCUUUUUUUUUUUUUGUGAAAAGUAAAGUUGUUCUCAAUAAUUAUAUUAAUUUUAACAGUAAUGAUGGAGCACAUUAAAAUCUGGGUAAAUUAGACAGAAUUGAUAUUGGCAACUUUGAGAUCAGGCGAAUUGAACUGACAGGGACUAAUGAGGAGGAGGUCAGGAGGAGACUGACUUGACCCUCAAAUUGCCAAGGAAUAACUUCACAGACACCGUUUCAGGCCAUCGUGUCAUAGCUGGACCUACUGGGGAUCGUAUUUAGCUAUGAAUGCUUCUUAACUUGUACGGCUGUGUGGAAGCUUGUGGCAGCCAAUUUUAUACUUUAAUCUGAUCUACAGUAGUUACAUAAAGGAAAGGUUUAUUCACUAAAGUGUGGAUUGUCAGGAUUUUUGGGGGAAGUUUCACUUUUAGACUAGCACAGACGCCCAGCAAAGAUCGCUGGCAUAGAAAAUCUCUCCAAUUCGACUGUUGUGGCCUAAGAUUUAAAAUCAUUUUCUGAAAAAUCAAACUUCUGUAAAACCCUGGGGGAAUUUUGUAUUGCAACAAUGUGUGAUAGGACAUGUUCCUACAUUCACCUUAUACCUAGUUUGAUCAGGGAGCGGAACAUACUGCUGCCAAAACUAUUUUUACAGUGUCAGGAGAUCAGCAAUGAACAGUAAUCUGCAACCAAAGGGAAGUAGCACCCUACCCUAAGGCAAACAGGGACAAAGGGAACAUAUUGGUUACAAGCUCCUGUAAUGUAAUAUGAAGUUUAUUAAACAGCUAUAACUGAGCUGCAGAUGCUGGUGGUGUAGCUAUAAAAUGUAGGGGGGAGGAGAAAGCAGGUAACAAAAAAUUGUUAUUGCAAACAUUGGCCUGCACAUACGGUAAUUAGAUCCAGUGUAUGUUGUAUGGAGACAAAACCCUCUUGUUAUAUGUAGCAAGAAUUCUAGAAGUCUAUGCGUUAUUUAGUACAUCUCUGCAGACCUCCAGUGCAACCCUGUGCCAGGUGAAUGCCUUGGUUAUUUACUGAAGGGAGAAUUGUCAAGAAUUCAAGGAGAAUUUCACAUUUAAGACUGCAGUAGUCUGACUUGGAGGAUUUUUCCACUUCAGUUAUUUUGGCCUUAAAGUGACAUUAUAGUCACCAAAACAACUUUAGCUUAAUAAAGCAUUUUUGGUGUAUAGAUCAUGCCUGUGAAGUUUCACUGCCAUUUAGGAGUUAAAUCAUUUUUGUCAAUGUAGCCCUUGCCACACCUGUCCUGGCCGUGACUGACACACAGCCUGCAUGAAAAGAAAAUGGUUUCGUUUUCAAUCAGAUGUAACUUUCUUUAAAGGUUUUUAUUUCCUGCUCUAUGAAUUGAACUUUAAUCAGUCACAGAAUACUCCUGUAGCGCCUAGCAAGCUACUAACAGAGCAGGAGAUAAUAAAUUCUAAAUUAAACAGAAUUUGCAAUAAAGGAAGUGUAAGCAUUACAUUACUCUUUACAGGAAGUGUUUAGGAGGGCUUUGUCAGUCACAUGCAGGGAGGUGUGCCUAGGUCUGCAUAAACAAAGUCAUUUAACUCCUAAAUGGCAGAGAAUUGAGCAGUGAGCCUGCAUGGGCAUGGUCUAUACACAAAAACUACAUCAUUAAGCUAAAGUUGUUUUGGUGACUAUAGUUUUAAUUUAAAUUUGAAUUCCAGACAAUUUUCACUUUUGAAUGUAUAACCCUGUGGAUACUCUGUGGUAUUCUAGUACUCUAGAAUUAAGAAACCUUGAUUUUAUUUUAUUUAUUUCUUCUUCAUUUUGCAGUACAAUAACAUUUCAGGAAUUAGUUAUGAGAAUCUUGGGCCUGAAGAGCUUCAUGCACUUCUAACUACGGUAAGGAAAGGCCUAUAUGUAAUCAGAUCUUUUGUCAAACCAGUUUAGCAGAGAUCUUCAACUACUAAGCAAAAUGUGUCCAAAGGUGUUUAUAAGAAAAAUCUCCUCCUAAUCAUCAGAUAAAUCAUUUUAUUACAAUUUCAUAAAUAUAUCAAAACAUAAUUAAAAUGUGCUCUACACAUACAUAUUCGCACUUGAACAAGGCAUUUAAAAUGAAACAAUACGUAGUUUUCAAAACAAUUUUCCCAAGUUCCUAAACUUCUACCUGUUCUGCGAUUUGUGCAGAUAAGUUGAUCUACCCUACAUCAGCACUAACCGCUGCGGGCCCGUGUAUAAUCUAAUGUUUCUCAUAGAGAAGUAUUGUGGAUAUUUGUGAGCCCAUUUGGAUUCACCAUUGUGGACAUUGCGGAUAUACAGUGCACGUUUAACUGUCCCCAUGAUCAGUCAGAGCUUCUCUGUAAGGGGCAUUAACCAUAUUCAGCAUCAUCAUCCUUCGAAAAUUGAAGGAUCUGAAGGAAGGAAGCAAGCAUCUCAAGUCGCUAUCUGUCUGACAGGUAAUCGAGGCUUGUUCUCCGGUAAAUAUCAGUUACAAACUGUUUGAAAAUGUUUUGAUACUUCCCCACACCACUCAGUCAGGUAUAUAUCAAACCAUUUGAAAUAGUCUCAGGGACUUCUGGUACCAUAAGUAUUACUGAACAUUGUUGUUUAUGUUGUAUCUACAGUGUCCUGUUAAGGGUAGGCAAGUUUAUGUUUGUUUGUUUUUUUUUGUCUCAAUGACCAUCAUCUCCAUUUAGGACCAUCAUUUGGUUUACUGUAGAGUGAAAUCGUUGAUGGAGAUAGAUACAUGCAGAAUGUCCAGUAUAGGGCAGGAGUCAUGUUAUGAAUCCUUCUUUACCUAUCUCUGCUAAAUCGUAACAUUUUUUUAAUGUGUUUAUUUAUAUUACUCUAUUUGUUUAAUCUAUCCAUCCAUCCAUAUUCCUGGCUCUGAUUACUAAAAUUAAGAGUUGGCUAAUAAGUCUGGCUUCUAAAGACCAGACAUAUUUUGAGUCUAACUAUCAAGUUUGUGAUGAAGUCCAUCAAAAUGUUAAUAUAUUAAAUUCCGGCAGAAUGUUUUCUUUGGUUUGAGAGAUUUGUGUUUGAUUAAAUUCCCCAACAAGUGGGGCAAUGUGUCGCUGUGUUUUUGUCUCCAUUUACAACCACUUUUCUAUCUCCCCCACCUCUCCCAGCAAUGUGGUGUCAUAUCGGAGCAUACCAAGAAGAUGUGCACCAGGUAGGUGCUUCUCCAUGUUGCGUAUUUCACCUUUCGUAUGUGGCGAGCUACUAAUCUAGAGCAGCAAUGACAUAUCAUUGAUUAUGUAUGGACUAAUGUGUCUUGGGAAUUAUCUUCUGCAAGUUUUUGGACUACAGGUCGAGGAGACCCUAUGUAACCAUCUGCAAUUUCUUUAUAGCCUCCGUGUAUUGAAUUUGGUCUAGAUGGGCAGUCAUACAGAAGAUACAUCUGUUCUUGUUUUAAUCUCUUAACUUUUCGCCACCGUUUUGAUUGUUUUUAAAAUUUUAUUCAUUAUUUUGCAGGUCACUUCGAUGUCCCCAGCACACAGAUGAUCAACGCAGAUCGGUCCGAAUUUACCUCCUUGGUUCCUCUGCGUGAGUGUUUGUAUAUGAUUUCGAACCUAUAAAAGAUGGCAGACAGGAUGAUCUACCUUGCUCCUUCCGAGAUUAUAUAGAGCUGUGUUUCUUCCAAUUUGCACCUCUUGGAUCCCUUUUAUGGGACUUCCAGAGGGAAGAAACAUUCAGUGGGGCCAACCUGCUGAACCACAUCGAAUAGGAGUCACCAUAAUGAUAAAAUAUAUCCACUUGGGGGAAAAAAAUCCGUUAUAUUACACACUUUCACAGGUUUUCUACUCGAAAAAUAAAAUAGAUGAGUUUUAGCUGCUCAUGUCUUAAAGAUGCAUCUCUACCAGUCUUGUACCUACAGGUCUAUACUGGUCAGAGCAUUGUCCUUACACACCCAUUCUAAGGUCUGUCCAAUGAUUCACUGCUGACCUAUUCUUCCUUGACAGCUCUCUCCCAGAGGCUGACGGCAGUACUGAUAAUGAUUUUGAUGUGGUGGAGGGUCAAACUCUGAUGAGCCGAUUGCAGUGGGAUGGAUCCUCUGAUAUUUCCCCUUCGGACUCUGCGUCCUCCAAAGCCAGUAAGAGACUCCAUGGGGCAAUUGGUGGGCCAUUGUGACCUAUUCACCUCUUCAGAGCAAUUACUUCAAAUCUGCUGUGUAGAAAGAUCAGAAUGUUUAGAAACACAAUUCAUGUUGCUGCAAUGUCUGUUACAAUGUUUUAAAUUACACUAACACUAUUCUCUGCUUUUCUUCCCUCUUAAACUGUCAUCCCAUAUAUUCUUGUUUUUAUGUGCUUUUUGUCUGUACCCUUCUGCAUCUAUCGACGUAACUGGCCUUUUUUUUGUUUCCCUUUUUUUUUCUGAAUAAUGCUACUUGCCCUCUGUCAAUUCUUUUCUUUUAUCAUUUCUGUAUUUUUUUUUUUAUCUCCUCUCUGCCCCAUCCCCUUUUACCUGCUUUACGUGGAUCAUGUAUUCUCUUUUUACAUUUGUCCUGCUGCCUUUCUUUUCUUCCAUCCAUUAUUCCUCCUCUUCUUGUCUUCUCCUUUCUGUGUGUGUACUUUUCUAUCAAUCUCCCCCCCACCUCUGCUCUUCCUUGUGCACUCCACCUCCUUUCUCUAGGUACAAAUAACUCUGACACAAGGAAGCCCAAGAAGAAGAAACCAAGUCACCUGGCCGUGGCAAGUACGGGAGGCAGCAGCAAAAAGAAAAAGCCUAAACCACCUGCUCCCCUGACCCCUGGGAUGUACAGUGAACUCAACUGAAAAGGGCCCAGGGGUAUAAAACAACAUUUAAAAAACUACAGAACUUUCUGCAUCCGUAUACAAAACGGACUGUUACCUCUCAGUAUAUUUAACCCUCGGGCAGCAAAGCUGCAAGUGGACUGCCCUCCGUGUGUAAUAAAGGACGAUCAAAAUAAUGCACUUUAGACUAUGAGGGUUGUUCUUCUGUUGAAAGUUGAAUUCUGGAACCUCGCUAUUUCCCAAUUUGUAAGACUGUCGCAUAUUGUGAUGUCAUUUGUGGCUCUUGGGACCAUUUAGCGACCACAGGGGAUGUGGGGGAAAAAAGUUACAACGGCAAAAGUGUCUCUUCGUCAGGGAAUCCUCUCCAGUGUUAGGUGGAAUUCUGCUGCUGGGUCGCAUAGUUGCAAUGUAUUUUCCUUUCACCUGGGGCCAAUCUGUGAAUUUUUAGUAGGAACUUCAGUGAAAUAAAUAUGCUUUGAUUAUGCUAUUCUUGUGGCGGGGGACUUGCUGAAACUUUGUUUCUGUCUGGAGCCAGGGAGCAGUGUGGCGCUUCUUCACAUGAGAGUUAAAAGUGUUUGCAUGUUUAAAAAAAAAUCACACUAAGUAUUUCAUCAGAAGAAAAUGUAAUGAAUCAUGUUUUCAGUGGGUUAAAGGGUCAAUUCCAUUGGGACGUAGGCACAUGGGCUACCAACUAGGCUUUACCUGCUUUGGCCAUAGAUGAAAAUUAAUAACACAACGGGCAAUGUCUUAAGAAGCCACCGUCAGACAUUGCAGCUUUAAUUAAAGUGCCAAUACAGUUUAGUUUACUUUACUUUUAUUUGUUACGGAAGUAUUUUAAAAUGCACUUUGAAAUUUGAUAAAAGAAAAUGCCAGGAUUCUUUUCAGAUACCUGAGCUUGUCUAGCUUAUAUGAAAGUUUAAAAUAUCUCCCUCUAAGUUAUAGUGAAUCAAUAUACGCCACACUGUAUGAGCAUGAAGUAAUUGUUGAUUCCAGUCUGCUUUUGGUUUUAGUCGGCCUUUCAGACAGUUUUCCAUUUAUUGUAAUUGAAAAGGAACGAUACACAUUCUUGCUGGUAUCAUGAUCGUCAUGGUUGUUCCUUCCCCUUGGGUCUAAAAAAUUUUUUUUAACCACGGCAGUUUUAUUCAAAAUAUAUUUUCAUCCUUUUUAGAGAUCUAAAUCGCUUGGUUAAAAAAAAAAGUCCUUUAACCCCUUAAGGACCAAACUUCUGGAAUAAAAUGGAAUCCUGACAUGUCGCAUGUCGUGUCCUUAAGGGGUUAAGCACUUCCAGGAAUUUCUGACAUCUCCCAGCAUGCUUAAGAAGCAAUGGGGAGUCUAGUGUACUUCAAACCUGUCCUCAGGCCCCCUUACCUGCUCAAAAUUAAAUUUCAUUCCUUGCUAUGCAUGAGCUGAGCAAUGGGACACCCUGUGUACCGAUAGUGACUGCUUCAAAUUCUGUGAAGUUUGGUGGGGACUUUAAAGGAAAGGUUUGAAAAAUGUACGUCUACCCCGUUAUAGCUCAGAUCAGUUCACAGAGAACACAGAGAGGCCCAGUAUUUCAGAUUUACUUGAGUUUAUUUCCUACGCGGGUUGCAAUAGAAGCUAUAGAUUUUUGCAGGGACAGUGGUUGCUUAAAAGCUUCUUCUGAUUGGCUGUGCAUUCCUUAGUGUAUCAGUCCCAUGGUAGAAUGGAUUGACCUAAUGACUGUGAUACAUUUUAUGAACAGUGGGCCCCUUGGAGCAAAGUUAGCUGUUUAAUCACACUAGGAUAUAAAAUGACCUGAUUGCUACCUCCAUUAAACUCCAUCAUUAAUUAUCUUUGCUCUGGUGGGCUGGGCACUGUUGUCUUUUGACAAUACUUGUUUUGCAAGUAAAUGUACAAAUUCUCCUAAUCGACUUGUCGGGUAUGAUGUAUAGAAAAAUAUCCACUCACGUUUUUUUGUGUUUUUUUUUUUGUUUGUUUUGUUUUUUUCUCGAGCUGUAGUAAAAUAGAAUGUUUCAUAUACCUCUGUAAUAUAUAUAUAUGUGUGUGUGUGUGUAUAAUAAAAUUGUACGGCAUUAAUGGGUAC